AUGUGCAGCCCGAGGAAGGGAGAGGCCGAGGCUACGGCAGAGAGGAAAUCAUCUGAACUGGCUUUUCAAGCCAGACACAAAAAGGCCUCGGAGCCAGGCCAAGAACGAAGCGGGCGCCUGACAGAAACUGCCUCUGCCCUGCUCCGCGGAACCACCCCCGGGCCAACCACCAGGGGAAUCCACGCGCUGGCCGGCCUGGGCGCAAACCCCGCAUCGAAGGCUCGCUCUGCGGCGGGGGCGGGUAGGCGGCGUCCGGGGGCGGACCCUGCACUGAGAGCCCCCUCCCCCGCCCUCCGCCCCCCCGGAUCCACCAACCCGGCCAAGCGUCAUCCUGGCCAGGGCGGGGGGGGAGCUCCGGGGGGGGAUGGGGGGGCGCCGCCCCCGGGAGGAGGACGGGCCCGGAGCGGCCGCCGAGCCGGCGUCCCAGCCGCAGGGGAGGCCUCCGGGGGCGGCUCGCGGCAGCCGGACGCAGCUUCCUCGACGAGCGGCUUUCGGGACGGCCGCAGCCGCCCUCCCUGCGUCGGCCCCGAGGCCCACCGCCCGCCCGGAGGCACGGCCGAAUUCCUGCCCGGGGGGGCCCUGCCCCGGCUGGGCUGCGGCUCCGCGGCGGGAGAGGCGGGACCCGAGCAGGAAGCGCCGCUCGGGCGCCCGCGGGCCCUCCGGGGUGGGGGCCGGGCUGCCUCGGGCGCGGGCAACGGGCGCCGGGGAGGGAGCCGCGGGGCGGGCGCCGGGGGGCCGCGCGGCUGCCGGGGGCGAAGGGCCCGGGCCGCAGGAGCGAGGGCCGGCCCGGACAGAGGCCGACCCGGGGGGGAGAAGGGGAGAAGGGCCCGCGCCCCCACCGCUGAAAGCCGGGCUCCCGAGGCGGCCUGGGGGCUGCCGCCGCGGGGGAGGGCCCGGCGCCCCGCCCGCUCACCGUGGGAGCCCCCGCCCGGCCCUCAUGGCGCCGCCGCUCUCCUCCUUCGCUGCCGCCGCCGCCGCCGCCGCCUCGUCACCCCUCAGAGCCGGCUCGGCCGCUCCCUUCUGCGCAUGCGCCGCGACGCCCGGCCCUCCAGGGGAAGGUCAGCGCGGAGGGAGAGCGGCGCGGCGCGACUUCCGGCCCCCCCCCGAGAAGGAGGGAGGCGGGGAAAAGGGCGAGGCGGCCAAUGCGGAGAGGCGAGGCGGGCCCGCCGCCCUUCCUCCCGCGCCCCCGCGUGCCUCGGCGGUGGAAUGGCAGCCGGGAGCCGGGAGCGCUCGCAGCUCGGAUGGCCGAGCCGAACCUCCCUCCCUGGGGCUGGGUCGGCCUCCUCCGUGUGCGCACGCGCCCCCGGAAGCGCCGCUCGCUCCGAGCAGAGAGGCGCGGCUCUUUUGUCCGCGGGCCGAAUUUCCGGGCUGGCCCGCGCGGGGCCUUGUGCGAGCCCGCCCGAGCCGCGGCUGUCUCGCGGGGCCGGCACCCCGCCCUUGGGCCGCUCCCGGUACAGGAAGACGGCCUUCGCUCCUGGCCGACCGGGAGGGCCCCUCCCCCCCCCCGUCGGCCCCGAAGCCUACGCCCCUCGCCUGCCUGCGCUUGCCCGGGAAGGCGCUUCGGGGCUCAACUGUCCGCGCUGCAGGCGCCCCGAACUCGUUUUCUGGACUCCGAGGCAGGUCCGGCCUAAGAGCCCUUUGCGUGCCAGACUCCCUUCAUCUGCCGCUCCACCACAGAAUAGGGGAUGA